AACGGGUGCAGAGUGAGACAUCUCUAUUUUAACUCUGGAAGCGGGUGCAGAGUGAGACAUCUUCUUGGGAGUGUUUUAAUAAAACAUCUCUGUUCUCGUUUAGUCCCGCCCCCGGAAAGCGUCUCUAUCCGCGCGCGGUGGGUUUAAUUUGAGAAGCUGCUCGCGCCCAGUAGACCCAGUUUCUGCCGCGCGGAGAGCAAACAAACCGGCAAAUAAAUAAAGAGCCGCGAGGAGAUUCUUUUAAACAUGGCGACCCCACCGAAGAGACCGUACCGUCUUCCCUCCAGUCCGCGCGCGGACACCAGCUUUUGCAAGAAGAUCUCCAUCGAGGGAAACAUCGCGGCAGGAAAGUCCACCUUUGUGCGCCUCCUUCAGGGGGAGUCACAGGACUGGGAGGUGAUUCCUGAACCCAUCGUGAAAUGGUGCAACAUCCAGAGUGACAACGAAGACAUUUACCAGGACUUGAGUUCCUCUCAGAAGAGCGGAGGAAACCUGCUGCAGAUGUUAUACGAUAAACCGAGCCGCUGGUCCUACACCUUCCAGAGUUAUGCGUGUCUCAGCAGAGUUCGUUCUCAGCUUCAGUCUCCAUCCGUCAAACUUCAGCAGGCUGAAAACCCCGUUCAGUUCUAUGAGCGCUCUGUCUACUCGGACAGAUACGUGUUCGCGUCCAACCUGUUUGAGAGUGGUAACCUGACAGAGACAGAGUGGAGUGUUUAUCAGGACUGGCACACCUGGUUACUGACGCAGUUUGAAUGUGACAUCGCCCUCGACGCCAUCAUCUACCUGAGAGCUCAUCCACAGCGCUGUAUGCAGCGUUUGCUCCACCGGGGGAGGGAGGAGGAGCAGGGAGUUCCUCUGGAAUAUCUGGAACAGCUUCACUUCAAACAUGAAGACUGGCUCUUCCACAGGAACCUCAGGUUGGACUUUGAGUAUCUGAAUGAUCUUCCUGUUCUCAUCCUGGACGUGAACGAUGACUUCAAGAAUGAUCGCAUCAAACAGGAAGUCAUCAUCGAUAAGGUCAGACAGUUUCUCACCACACUGUAGAUCACGAUGUGAGCAGAGGAAUCAUCUGAUUGGACGACCCAGUUACACUUUGUAAAUGUUUCUCCUGUUGGUUUUUAAUUUUUGACUCGUAGUUUUAGUCUUUUUCUUCACUUCAUGUAUAUUUUUAUCCUGUGUGUGUGCGUGAGUGUGUGCCUGUGUGUGUGUGUGUGCGUGUGUGUAAACACUAUGUAUUUACUUGAAUUAGUUUGAUAUUUAUGCUUAAACCUGUAAAUUUCAGUCCUUGUUUGUCCUGACAAUGAAGUUUCAGGGCAGAGGUGACAGUGAACACAACACGGUGCUUUCAGGGACAAACAGAUCCCUGAUUGAUCCCUUUGUCUGUAAAUCUGUUUGAAUA